AUGGCGACCGCCCAACAGCAGAAUGAUGUGAACGCGACAGGCAUGGAGAAGGAAAACGGCCCUUCCACCCACGACCACGCGCAGCGCCGACCCUACGACUACGGCGGCAACCCGCUCGCGCACAUCAACACUGGCGACUCUGCACGUCUUCCCGCCUUUGGUGGUGAGUUCCAGCCAGGUCUCUACCGACCGAUCGACCACCGCAAGUUCGCCAAUCCGGCACCGCUCGGUCUCUGCGGUUUCGCGUUGACGACGUUCGUGCUGUCGUUGAUCAACUUGCACACUCGCGGUAUUACGGAGCCCAAUAUCGUUAUUGGCGCUGCUUUCGCGUACGGUGGUCUCUGCCAGCUGUUGGCCGGCAUGUGGGAAAUGGCUGUUGGCAACACUUUCGGUGCUACCGCUCUUUCGUCAUUCGGUGGCUUCUGGAUCGGCACUGCUAUCAUUCUGACCCCCGGCGGCUUCGCAAUCAUCUCAUCUCUUGAGGACCCUUCCUCCGGAGGUAGCGCAGCCAACUUCUACUACUCUUUUGGCUUCUACCUCUUCGGCUGGUUCAUCUUCACCUUCCUGUUGCUGAUCUGCACCUUGAGGUCGACGGUUGCCUUCUUCCUGUUGUUCUUCUUCCUCGACUUGGCCUUCCUGAUGCUCGGCAUUGCCUACAUCCUCCCAGUCAACGAAGAGCCCAUGCAAGGCCCUCUCAAGGCUGGCGGCGUAUUUGGUCUCUUGGCCGCGUUCCUCGCUUGGUACAACGCCCUCGCCGGUAUCGCGGACAGCAGCAACUCCUUCUUCGUUAUCCCCGUCGCUCACUUCCCAUGGUCGGAUAAGGGCCGCGAAAAGCGUGGCAAGGUCAACAACGACGACGCUCGCGCUUCGCAGGUGUAA